UGGCUGCAACGAAACCUCAUAUAGGCUCUCUCUCUCCUCUCCUCUCCAAUCAACCAUGGCUGAGCAACCGUCCACAGCAGAGACAUCCGUCGAUUCCGUGCCGCCCGUUGAACUUUAUCCAAACCCAGAUGGCUCAUUCACUCGAAUCGAACCAUUUCCAAAGCUUCCUGCAACGCCGGAAGACACCACCGGUGACGAUUCAAAGUCAACCCAAAUCGCUCUCUCCAAAGACAUCCCUCUGAACCCAACAACCAACACCUCCAUUCGCAUCUUCAAACCUUGCAAUCUUCCUCCAAACUCGAAGCUCCCCAUCAUUAUCUACUUCCAUGGAGGUGGGUUCAUAAUCUUCAGUGUCAGUACUAAACCCUUUCACGAAUCAUGCAACGCCAUGGCAGCUCAGUUCCCAGCUCUGAUCGUCUCCGUCGAGUACCGUCUUGCGCCGGAACACCAUCUUCCGGCGGCGUACGAUGACGCCGUCGAAGCUAUCACGUGGGUCCGAGACCAGGCAUUGGGAAUCAACGGUUGCGAUCCGUGGCUGAAAGAUUUGGCCGAUUUUUCUAGGGUUUUCUUGAUGGGUAGUAGCGCAGGAUCUAAUAUAGUCUACUACGCAGCUCUGCGUGUGCUCGAUAUUGAUCUUACGCCGGUGAAAAUCAAAGGGUUGAUUAUGAACCAACCGUUCUUUGGUGGGGUGAAGAGGACUGAAUCGGAGACAAGACUUUCCGAUGAUAAGAUCAUACCUCUCUCUCUGAAUGAUCUGAUGUGGUCCUUAUCGUUGCCGGAGAAUUCUGAUCGUGAUCAUGAGUAUUGUAACCCAUCAAUCGCCGGCGAGUCUCAGAGGGAGAAGGUCGGAAAAUUAUGCCGGAGCUUGGUCAAAGGUUAUGGUGGGGACCCACUUCUUGAUAGACAGAGAGAGUUCGUGAAGUUGUUGGAGUCAUCUGGUGUGCACGUGGUGACCCGGUUUGAUGAUGGAGGCCACCAUGGUGUAGAGGUCUUUAAUCCCAAAAAGGCCCAAGAUUUGCAUGAUGAAGUGAAGCAAUUCAUUGAAUCAACUUAAAGAGUAAUGUUGUUGAUGCAAUUACUAGUAUGGGUAAGAAUAAUAUUAUUGUCAUACUAAGAUCAAUAUCGACCUCCAUGAUGGAUAAUUCAAGUAAAGAGUGAUUUGUUUCCUCAAAAUAGUCAAAUUUAGUUUAGACCCAUAAAGAUGAAUUGAUGACAAUGAUAUUGUUGUACCAUGUAGUCGAUUCAUGUUUUAGUGGGUUGUAACUAUAUUUGAUAUUUUUGGAGAAAAGGAAUCGGUUUUUAAUCGGAUGGUCGGUCUUUAUCUUAGUCACUGUCAAUGCGAAUUAUUUUAUGAUGUAUCAUUUUGUUGUUAGUAGGGAAGACUUUUCCAUUCUUCCAUUAGCCUUCUGGAUCUAUGUAGUUAUUAUGAGUAUGGUACAAGUCAUCCUUUGGAAAAUAUCAUUUGCCAAGUGUGUUGGAGCUUCCACACACUCAUAAUGUAAGGUGAUAUACCAUUGGUUUGUUUUCUUUAUGAUGUCAAUUCAAGUAUUAAGUUGUGUUUGUUUCUGGGGAAACUCUGUUUUCAUUGAUGAUUUAUUUUCUUAGUAGGUAGUUUCCCAUUUUUGUAUGCUAUGCCCUCCUUAUUGAUGUACUGUGCUUUAUAGUUCCUAUAUAGUGAACCAUGGGGGAAGAAAAAAAGGCA